AUGGUUGCCAACACCACAAGCUUCACCUCGCCCUUGGCGAGCGUGCAGUAUGGCGCUGUCAAUCUGCCGCGCCCGCUUGAGCCCAUCGUCGAGUAUGUCUCCGGCGCAAGCAGUUGGACCAUACUUGCGACUAUUCUCGCCACCCUAGUCGUAUAUGAUCAAUUCAUGUAUAUCUGGAACAAGGGAUCGAUCGAAGGCCCCGCCAUGAAGCUGCCUUUCAUGGGGCCAUUCCUCCAAUCCGUUAACCCAAAGUUUGAGGAAUACUAUGCGAAAUGGGCGAGCGGGCCCCUCAGCUGCGUUUCCGUCUUCCACAAGUUCGUCGUCAUCGCUUCGACCCGUGAUAUGGCUCGCAAAGUAUUCAACUCUCCCGCCUUUGUCAAGCCCUGUGUUGUCGAUGUCGCGCACAAGCUGCUUGGCGACGACAAUUGGGUGUUCCUGGACGGCAAGGCUCAUGUCGAGUUUCGCAAGGGCCUGAACGGUCUCUUCACACGUCGUGCCCUCGAGAUCUAUCUUCCCGGACAAGAGGAAGUGUACAAUCGUUACUUCAAGGAGUUUCUGGAGAUCACCAAGCGGGCUGGCGGAAAGCCCGUUCCCUUCAUGACGCACUUCCGGGAGACCAUCACCGCUGUGUCGUGCCGCACGUUCGUCGGCCACUACAUCACGGAUGAGGCCGUUAAGAAGAUUGCCGACGACUACUACCUCAUCACUGCCGCUCUUGAGCUGGUCAACUUCCCCAUCAUCAUCCCGUUCACCAAGACCUGGUAUGGCAAGAAGGCGGCGGACAUGGUGCUGGCCGAGUUUGCAAAGUGCGCGGCCAAGAGCAAAGCGCGCAUGGCUGCUGGCGGCGAGCCCAAUUGCAUUAUGGAUGCCUGGAUCCUCGAGAUGAUUCGGUCCAAGAGGUGGCGCGAGGCUGAGGAGAAGGCCUUAUCGACCGAAGGACUGGUGAAGCCGACGCACAUGCUCAGGGACUUUACCGAUUAUGAGAUUUCGCAAACCGUUUUCACCUUCCUGUUCGCUUCGCAAGACGCGACGAGCAGCGCUGCCACGUGGCUGUUCCAGAUUAUGGCCCAGCGCCCCGAUGUUCUGGACCGCGUGCGGGAAGAGAAUUUGAAGGUUCGCAAUGGUGACAUCAAUGCCCCCGUGAACAUGGACCAGCUUGAAUCCAUGACCUAUACUCGCGCUGUCGUCCGGGAGCUGUUGCGGUAUCGCCCGCCCGUCCUUAUGGUCCCCUACGUUGCGAAGAAGCCGUUCCCGAUCACUGAAACAUACACUGCUCCAAAGGGCUCCAUGGUAAUUCCGACGACGUAUAUGGCACUGCGAGACCCCGAAGUGUACGAGAACCCUGACGAGUUCGAUCCCGAGCGGUACUACACCGGUGACGCCGAGGUGAAGGGUGCGAAGAAUUAUCUUGUGUUUGGAACCGGUUCCCACUACUGCCUGGGGCAGCACUAUGCGCAGCUCAACCUCGUCCUCUUUAUUGGGAAGGCGUCACUGCUCUUGGACUGGAAACAUCACCCGACCCCCAAGUCCGAGGAGAUCAAGGUGUUUGCCACCAUCUUCCCUAUGGACGACUGCCCGUUGACGUUUGAGAAGAGGAAGUGGUAG